AUGGCGAGUGCAUACAAUAAUAAUGAAAUUUCUGGUGAUAUUUCAUCAGAAAAUAUGCACAAUGCAUCAUGUGAUGGAUGUAAUUCAACAAAAAUCUAUAGUGAUCGGUAUAGAUGUUUACAAUGUGUUGACUAUGAUCUAUGCGGUAAUUGUUUUGAAGAACGACGUCAAACCAAAGAGCAUCUUAGUGGCCAUGCAAUGGCACAUCUCAAAAUUCCCAAAGAAUUGUUUGGUCAACCGAUCCGUCAUACUGAUGAGAUAACUCUUACAAAACUUCACGAGCUUCUAGCUGGUAAACGUCACGAUAACAUAUGCAACGGUUGUAGCACACAGAUUGUUGGCAUUCGAUUCAAAUGUGAUACUUGUUAUAAUUAUAAUCUAUGUUUUCAAUGCAUGAAACAACGAAUAAUCAAAGAACCGCAUGAGGACAGUCAUCCAUUAGUAGCAACCAGCAAUCAAAGUCUGAUGAAAAUCGAUAUCAAUGACAUUCGUAAACUAGAUGUACUUGGUGAAGGAGGAUUUGGUCAAGUUUGUAAAGCACAAUGGUUAUCACAUAAUCGUCAAGUAGCUUGUAAAGUAAUUCGAGUGACACCACAACGACGUCACUUGGAAGAGAGUUUUCGCAGAGAAUUAGCUGCCUAUGUCGAAUUAUCAGGGGCAUUUAUUCUUAAAACAUUCGGUUAUGGCGAUCGAAUGCUAGAAAAUGGAGUCAAAGAAUGUUAUUUGAUUACUGAAUUGAUGCAUCGUGGUAGUUUGAGCAAUGUUAUUCAUAAUAGAAAUGAGAAAAUCUCACUUCGACGUAAACUUUCUAUGGCCUGUCAUAUUGCUAGUGGCAUGCGUAAAUUACAUGGACACUCAAUGAUUCAUCGGGAUAUUCGUCCUGAUAACAUUCUUGUGUCGAAUAAUUUCGUAGCAAAGAUCGGUGACAUGGGUAUUGCAAAUCUAUUCAAUCCAGACGAACGUCAUACAUUAAUUGGUUGUUUGCCUUUCAUGCCACCGGAAUUUUAUCGAGGAGAUGGUCAAUAUGAUCAAUCACUAGAUGUGUUUACUUAUGGAUUGACAUUGAAUGAACUAUUUACAGAGAAAACUCAUCGAUUUAAUCAAUCGACAAAACGAGUUGAGUUAAUCGAACAAAGUCCAAUUUUCACGAAUUAUAUUCUUAAAUGUAUUCGAGAUGAAUCGACUCGCCGACCAACAGCUGUCGAACUGGAAAAUACUCUUCAUAAGUGUCGACAAGCAGCCGAUCGAUAUAUCAAAGAAAAGUGUCCCGAUUAUACAAAAGAAACAAUAGGAAAAAAAGAUAAUAUUUUCAUGGGUUUCUAUCAUGAAUAUCGUAAGAAGGGAAAAGUCGAACCAAAACCGAUUUUUCCACCACCACCAUCACCGAAAUCACACGUAAAUUUGGAUCUAAUUCAACAACUUUUCGAAGAUAUGAUGAAACAGUUCAAUAAUGUUCAUGGACAAGAUGCCGAUUGUAAAAAAGAUGAUCCUAAGGUUGUGAAAUUAAAAAAACAUCUGGAUAAUCCGAAUCCCGUCAUUGUUAUUGAGCCUGCAAAAAAACAUCGACGGGCGGCAACACCAUCAUCACAUGUUCAUCGAGUUGAUCAAGAAAAUAUUGAAGACAUUUUUGGUGCCGUAAAGCAUCGACGAGCACGGACGCCCAAUCCAAGAUCUCCUCGUCUCGGAUCACCAGAUUUUAAUCAGAUCAUACGAAUAUGCAAAUAG